GUCUUUGAGUAUAUCGUCUUUCGCGGAAGCGAUGUAAAGGAUCUACGCGUCGAGUCGUCUGUGACGACACCUGCACCUGCAGCCCCGGCCAAACCGCAGGAUCCCGCCAUCUUGGAGGUAAGCAUGUCCCACACAAGCAAGCAAAAGUACCAGGUCCAGUGAUGAAAGAUUCCGGAUGUUAAGAAACAAUGUUUCCGAGAGCGCAAAACCGUGUGGAGAUUUCCGUUGCCUUCCUUCUGAGGAUCAUGCUGCAUGCUUGGCUUGAUGUGCAUGUUGUGAGUGCAUUGCUAACAAGAAAGACUGGCCCGGCUCCCUCAAGAUCGCAUGAGCAACCACGCUCAAGUGCACCGCAGCAGCAAGCACAGACCCCUUAUCCGCCUCAACAGCAGCCGUACGGCAUGCCACCACAGGGAUACCCUGGUGCAGUUGCUUAUGGUGCGUACCCGCCUCAACCAUUUGGUGGGCCACCACGAGGCUAUCCUGGCUACCCAGGACCGAUGCAAGGUCCGCCUGGUGGCUACCCUCCCAUGCCACCUCAGCACCAAGGCCUAGGAUUCCCACCGCAAGGCCGCCCACAGCAAGUGUCACAACAGCAACGGCCGCCACAGGAAGCUCAGCAGCAGCAGCAGCAGCAGCAGCAGCAGCAGCAGCAAGCUCGCCCAAGCCAGCCUCAAGCUGUGAAACCAGUACAACAAAGUCCCUUUGCUGCUUCUGUACAAGAUGGUUUCCCCGAAUUACCAACCUCCAGCAAUGUCACUCAAAAAGCACCCGUCAAAACAGAUGGCGCAAAGGCUACACAAGGUAAAAUUGUGCCUGCAUUGCCCUUGCCACAACAUGCGAGUCCUGCUCCUGCUCAACAGCGGAAACCUGCAACCAUUGCUGAAGUCACGCGUGGAGUCGCGAAUCUGCCAAGUUCUGGCCAGCAGCAGCAGCAACAGCAGACGCAGCAGGCACAAGAAGCGCCCAAGACGAAUGCUUUGCUGGAGGUGAGGCGUACGAUGCCAAAGAAUGCACCAACCUCUGCGGAGUCACAGCCAAAGCAGCAACCAGCAAAGCAAGAACAACGGCGAACAGCAUCACCUUCUCAGCAACGCACACGCGCACCGCGUGGUCAAGCGCAGAGUAACGUGAAUGUCUCUCAGCCGCUUGAGAUUCCUACAGAUGAGUAUGAUUUCGCUGCUGCCAACAGCAAGUUUGAAAAACCAACGGAAGCUGAAGCGGAGAAGCCAGCUGAGCCAAGCUACAACAAAGGCUCUUCCUUCUUUGACUCUUUGUCGUCCGAAUCUAUGCAGCGUGCUUCGUAUCAACAGCAAAUGGCAGCAAGCGAUGGGGCUGCCGGGAAGGGACGCGGUGUACGUGGUCAAGAGCGUGCGUUGGAGAUGGAGACGUUUGGUGAGACGCUCAAGUUCACGCCUGGCUCACGACGUGGCGGACGUGGACGCGGUCGUGGUGGUCGUGGCAGAGGCAGAGGUGGCCAGUCUCAAGCACAGUAAGCUGUGUAUUUUGCCUUCUCCGUACACUAUAUAUGUCGAAUUGUAGACGCAAUCACAGAACUGUCGUUCGAAAUCAGUAGCCGG